AGUGACCUAUAAAGUACUGCAUGGAUUGGCUCCAGAACCUCUGGCAGAGUUCAUCAGCCAAAGAAACAGCCGUGAGCAUGUCACUCGAGGCUCUGUCAGAGGUGACUAUUAUAUUCCUCUGCGCAGGAGCACUUUCAGUAAGUCGGCCUGGUCAGUAAGAAGCGCAAAUGUGUGGAACUCAGUACCUAAGGAGGUUAAACUGGUCACAACUUACAAGGCCUUCAGAAAAACAAUUGAAAAUGUGGCUUAUGAAUGUCUGCAACUGCCAGCACUAAAAGAUGAGCCUGUUUUGAUGCCAAUGUUAUGUUGUGAUGUGGAUUUUAUUUGUUAUCAUAUUGUAUAUGUAUUGUGUGCUUGUUUUUUCAUUUUCUCUCUUUUUUUGUGUGUGUAAUUUUACUGCCUUUUUUUACAUCAUGGCCAAGAGACUACAGAUGAAAACUAGCCUUGUGGCUAAUUUCUGGCUUUUUUAACCAUGUGUAGUCAUGUGUUUUAAUAAAAUUGCAUUGUCCCCUUUGACAUAAACUAAGUCAAUGGUCGGGAGCGAGCACGCGCGGCGCGUACACGCCAACAUCCUGACUCCACGCCGCCGACCACGUGACCAAAGAGCGGCUACGUAUGGAAAGUUUGGCUAACUCGCUUUUGUAUUUGUUGUCGCCAAGACUUCUAAAGGACGGAACAUGCCAAUUGCACCAACCAAUGAUGUGGCCUUCAGACCUCCAGAUGGUGGCUGGGGCUGGAUGGUGGUGAUCGGGGCUCAUAUCUCCAUUGGGUUCGCCUAUUCUACUCCAAAAGCCCUCUCAAUUUUCUUCAAGGAGAUUCAGGCAGACUUGGAGGCCAGCUACAGUGAUAUAGCAUGGAUUUCUUCUAUUAUGUUAGCAGCCAUGUAUGCCGGCGGACCAGUGAGCAGUGUGUUGGUCAAUCGCUACGGAAGUCGACCAAUAGUGAUACUGGGGGGCCUUAUGUGCGGGGUCUCCAUGGUUGCUGCUUCCUUUGGGAACUCCAUCAUUUACCUUUACUUAUUCAUUGGAGUCAUUGCUGGCUGCGGGCUCGCCUUAAACCUAAAUGCAUCUCUCACCAUCAUCAGCAAGUAUUUUCUGGCCAAGCGUCCUUUAGCCAAUGGACUUGCAAUGGCUGGGAGUCCCGUGUUUCUCUGCUUCCUGGCGCCUCUUAAUCAAUACCUGCUGGACAAGUUUGGGUGGAGAGGAAGUCUUCUUAUCCUUGGGGCUCUGAUGCUCAACUGUUGCGUAGCUGGGGCCUUGAUGAGACCUGUUAAAUCGUGCCUAUCCUCUCCUGCACUACAGAGGAAGUCCAAGGAGCCGCCGGAUAACUCCAACACCGAACAAUCGAAACAAAGCUGUGGCAGUCAUGCCAAAAAAUUCUUGGAUUUGUCCUUCUUUAAAGAUAGAGGCUUUGUAAUUUACCUUAUUGGGAACAUAUUGUUUAUUUUUGGUGCUUAUGCUCCCAUUGUGUUCCUGUCAGCCUAUGCUGUUAGUCAGGGUGUAGACCAAUACUCCGCAGCAUAUCUGCUCUCCAUUAUGGGUUUUGUGGACAUGUUUGUUCGGCCUGGCACCGGCCUAAUUGCCAACAGCAAGUGGAUAAGACCUAGAGUCCAGUACUUCUUCAGCUUUGCCAUGGUGUUCAACGGCACGUGCCAUUUGCUAUGCCCACUGAUCAAAAGCUACACUUUCUUGGUGGUGUACGCUGUAUUUUUUGGUGUGGGUUUUGGCAUGGUUUUUGCCCUUAUAUUUGAGUGCCUAAUGGAUCUAAUGGGAAAUGAGCGCUUCCCCAGUGCUGUUGGACUGGUCACCAUCAUUGAGUGCUUCCCUAUGCUGCUAGGACCUCCUACUGCAGGUUUCCUUCUGGACGUAUUUGACGACUACAAGUACCUCUUCUUGAUGUGUGGCGCUGUGAUUGUGACGGGUGGCCUCUUCCUCUUUGUCAUGAACUUUUACAACUACCAUAUGCUUGAAAAACAGAGGAGGAGACAACUGAACCCCAAAAACCAUAACGACCAGGACCAGGCAGAGAUGCAAAACACACUCAAUCACAAUUUUCCUGCGAAGGAGUCCACUGUGCCUGGAAAUGAAACUGGCAGUGACCCCCAAGAAGAGCUCGCGAGUUCCGAGUAUGUUGAAGUACUACCUAUUUAAUUUUUAUUUUCAUAUUUUGUCUACUUGAGCUGUACAUGUGAAGUUGCAUUUUAUAACUAAUGAAUUAUUUGAAAAUCCUACUAUAGGAAGGGGAUACAUAUGGCCCCUUUCGUCGCUGUUUGCCUUACACAUGAAUUGUGACAAAUUUGGCCACUCUUGCCACCAGAUGGCAGUAAAGAGUUAAAUAUCUUGAAAUAUGUUUUGUGGCAAGUCCAACUUUAACCACACCGUCAGUUGCUAUGUAGAGUGGAGCUUUCCAUCAUUUUCAGCAGACUGCAUUGCAAAAUGAGUAACCCCCCCUUUUCCUCACAUGCAAGAUCCUCCCAGGAGUGGGGCCAUAUGAAUCCCUUCCCUACUGUAGUUAUCUUACCAAUUAACCUUACUCAGUAUUUUAGUUAAAAACAAAUACCGUAAAUUCCGGACUAUAAGCCGCUGCUUUUGUCUACGCUUUGAACCCUGCGGCUUAUAACAUGGUGCGGCUAAUUUAUGGAUUUUUCUUCGCUGACGACCAUAAUGCAAAUAGUUAAAAAAAACAAGCAAAGACCGAGCUUUUAACCGGAAGUACAAGUGCCGUCUAGCCGUCCUACGCGUAUCUACUCAAAUGGAUUCUUUAUUCAUCACUCCAAGCAACAUUUGUAAGUUUUACAGUAUAACUAAAACAAUUCUUACUUACUUACUAAACCGUCUGAUGUGUGAUGUCUGUAGGAGUGUUUGCAUAUUUGUACGUACUAUCGUAAUGUAAUAGUUAGCGUUAAUAACAUUAGCUAAUAUACUAACACGUUUACAAAUGUCUAUGUUAGUAUUAUUAACUUACAAUGGCUUUCUUUAUGUAUUGUUUUCGUUUCGUAGUUCACCAAAACGUCCCCGUGGAUUUGUUGAGUCUGUUUAGUUGACGAUGACUUCUGCUUUGUUUGAUAAGCUGUUGCCAUGUUACGGACACCGUUUUGAAACAGUGUAAAUAAAUAAAUAAAUAACUUAUUUCACAAGGUACAUCUGCAGCUUAUAGUCCGGUGCGGCUAAUAUAUGGAAAAUAUUUUUUUCUUAUAAAAUGUUGUGGGUGCGACUUAUUUAUAGUCCGGAAAAUACGGUACAGUCGUGCACUGAGGUUCAUGGCUGGCAUGGCUCUUUUGAGUCAGCUAUACAUGUGUGUCCACUUCACUGGUUGCUUUACCUUGUGACGUUUCUCUGCAGUUCGUUUUCUGAUCAGCAAGAAUAUCAAUUGGACACGUUUCCAUUAAACACAUAAGACAGGCUGUUGGGGAAGGCUUUGAGAAACAGACACACGCAGCACAAUCCACUUAAAGGCCUACUGAAAUGAAAUUUUCUUAUUUAAACGGGGAUAGCAGAUCCAUUCUAUGUGUCAUACUUGAUCAUUUCGCGAUAUUGCCAUAUUUUUGCUGAAAGGAUUUAGUAGAGAACAUUGACAAUAAAGUUUGCAACUUUUGGACGCUGAUAAAAAAAGCCUUGCCUGUACCGGAAGUAGCGUGACGUCGCAGGUUGAAGGGCUCCUCACAUUUCCCCAUUGUUUACACCAGCAGCGAGAGCGAUUCGGACCGAGAAAGCGACGAUUACCCCAUUAAUUUGAGCGAGGAUGAAAGAUUUGUGGAUGAGGAACGUGAGAGUGAAGGACUAGAGUACAGUGCAGGACGUAUCUUUUUUCGCUCUGACCGUAACUUAGUGUGGAAUCCAAUGAGCCCUUGUACCUUUCUCCUUUUUCUAUUGUGGAUCACGGAUUUGUAUUUUAAACCACCUCGGAUACUAUAUCCUCUUGAAAAUGAGAGUCGAGAACGCGAAAUGGACAUUCACAGUGUCUUUUAUCUCCACGACAAUACAUCGGUGAAGCACUUUAGCUACCGAGCGAACGUGAUAGCAUCGUGCUUAAAUGCAGAUAGAAACAAAAGAAAUGAGCCCCUGACUGGAAGGAUAGACAGAAGAUCAACAAUACUACUAUCAGGAGACACCGAACCAAACACUGGACCUGUAACCACAAGGUUAAUGCUGUGCCGCCUGUCGAAGCCUAGCAAUGCUGUUGCUAACGACGCCAUUGAAGCUAACUUAGCUACGGGACCUCGUCAGAGCUAUGCUAAAAACAUUAGCUAUCCACCUACGCCAGCCCUCAACUGCUCAUCAACACCCGUGCUCACCUGCGUUCCAGCGAUCGACGGUGCGACGAAGGACUUCACCCGAUCAUCGAUGCGGUCGGCGGCUAGCGUCGGAUAGCGCAUCUGCUAUCCAACUCAAAGUCCUCCUGGUUGUGUUGCUGCAGCCAGCCGCUAAUACACCGAUCCCACCUAUAGCUUUCUUCUUUGCAGUCUCCAUUGGAGGAACUGGAUAAUGCUGAUGUAAUAGACGUUAAAUAAUGCAGCUGUGCGGCAGGAAGUUGUGUAACUUCCACACCGACAAUAAGUUGACACCCUGCGGCGUUAAGCUCAUUUGCUAGCACUGCUUAAAUACCUCAACCGGUAGGGAGAUGCGUUACACGGACACAUUCCAUUAAAACAGAAAAAUAUAAACUCAUUGUAGUUCUAGGCUAAGUUACACAUAAAUAACUUUAUUUCUACAAUUAUGGACUAAAGUGGUGCUUAGGUUAAAUACGUCGAAACAUAAGCUUGUACUCUAUUUUGCUGUCUCCCGAGGCCCCGAACCCAUGCAUAUGUCAUCUUUCAGCACACUUUUAAACAUUUGCCAAACAAACUACUGAAAACUAAAAAAAAUUCUAUGCGUGUUAAAUAAUGUCACCCUUGCCCUGGAAGUGAGGAACAUGCUAUACCAGGCCUGGGCAAUUAUUUAGACUCAAGAGGCCAAAUUUAGAAAAUAUAAUGUGUCAGGGAGCCGGUAUAUCUAUUUUUAGGAACACUAAUACAAAACCUCACAAUAAUGUCUGAUUGAAUCCUAAAAACGUUAUGACUGACCGUCUUAAAAAACGGAAUGGAAUUUAAUUUUUUUUUACUGAAUAAGACACUCAGAAUGUACAUGAAAAUGAAGAAUGUGGGAUUUACAAUAUUAACUAUGAACGAUAAAACACUGAAUAUUUUACAAUCAAGUGAAACGCAACAAAAAUGCAACAAACACAGCGAGAUAUGAACGCAAAGAGUAAAAAAAACAACCCACUUACAAUCUGAUAUAUCUGAGAUGUCACUAAGCUUUAGAACUUUGUUGUACAAAUCUCCUUCCGCGUUUGUCCCUGACACCCAUAAUUUCAGGCUGGCCGCUCUGAAAACCCUGUGGAAACGCUCCCCAACCACACUGCUUGGUGCCUCGUCUGAGCUGCUGUGACUUAGAUUACCAUAGUAACUAGUCUCUCAUGCAAAAGGGCAGAUUCCAACCAUUGAAAUACUUUGUAUAGUUCAAGACUUAUGGUAAUUUGAAAACAUCACUGCACAUCAUAAUGGCAGCUACAGUUUCCAUCUUAAAGAUCUAAAAAAAAUUAUUUGGGAAUGUCCGGCGGGCCAGAUUGAAAAGCUUAACGGGCUUUAAUUUGCCCAGGUCUGCGCUAUACUGUAUUACAAAGAAAACCAAAAAACGCCAUUGAAAUUACUUAUUAUUUGUGUUGUACAUAGAUCAAUGUUGUCAGUCACCCUUAGGUGACACGACGGUGUUCGCAGAUAUCAACAAAUAUGUCUGUGACUCCCUGAAUCAUAUCAGCUUGGUUACAAUAAGGACCUCUAUUUGUUAUUUUACUUGUGUUGUGUAACUACUGUAUGUCCUGACAUUGUUGCACUGACCCCUUUCCUUUGGAUUGAUGUCCUGACGCAGAACUUGAAUGUGUUAAAAGUGUAAUUACUGUAUGAGCAUCAUUUCAGAUCCGGUGUUAUGCACUGGUGUGUUGACUGACUGCACGUUUCCUAUCAUGAACACUGUAAAUCAAGUAUUCCAGUGAUGAGUAAUGCUGCAAUCCAGACUGCUUGAAAUUUCUGAUGUCUAGACCAUUUUUCUUUUAUUCGUUCUUAGGACUUUACUCGUCUUCAAUGAUGAUGAAACAGAAGUACAAUAUUCAACAACUAGAAAUCAUUUUUAUGAGCAGUAUUUUUUAUUUUAAUUUGUCUUCAGUUUUAUUGUAUACCAUUAAGCAGGGCCCGUAGCUAAGUUUUUAACGACCCGCGGCACAAUUGUUUGCAUAAUAUUAGAACGUUAGCUUUUUUGCUAGUUUUGCAGGUAUACACCUCAAUGUCCAAUAUUUUGUUACUUGACGAAUGAUACCUGUUAGGAUGCUAGCGUUACUAUUAGGGAUGUCCGAUAAUGGCUUUUUGCCGAUAUCCAAUAUUCCGAUAUUGUCCAACUCUUUAAUUACCGAUACCGAUAUCAACCGAUACCGAUAUCAACCGAUGUAUACAGUCGUGGAAUUAACACAUUAUUAUGCCUAAUUUGGACAACGAGGUAUGGUGAAGAUAAGGUACUUUAAAAAAAAAUAAGAUAAAUAAAUUAAAAACAUUUUCUUGAAUAAUAAAGAAAGUAAAACAAUAUAAAAACAGUUACAUUGAAAGUAGUAAUUAAUGAAAAUGAGUAAAAUUAACUCUUAAACGUUAGUACUAUUAGUGGACCAGCAGCACGCAAUCAUGUGUGCUUGCGGACUGUAUCCCUUGUAGACUGUAUUGAUAUAUAUUGACAUAUAAUGUAGGAACCAGAAUAUUAAUAACAGAAAGAAACAACCCUUUCGUGUGAAUGAGUGUAAAUGGGGGAGGAAGGUUGGUGCACUAAUUGUAAGUGUAUCUUGUGUUUUUUAUGUUUUAAUUAAAAAAAAAACGAUACCGAUAAAAAAAAAAA